CACGGCAUUAGUCUGUCAUGAGCAGGCUACAUAAAGGUCGAACUUCACACUAGCAGAAUCAGCACAUAGAAGCUCCUUUAAACCGUUCAAACCAACAAAAAGAUCUGCAAAAUGUUGUUCGACAGGGCAAGCACGAUUGGAUUCAUUGGGCUAGGGGCAAUGGGGAAUCAUAUGUUUAACAACCUUGUCAAAAGUUCUAUGCGAAAUCGUGGCCCGUUUAAGAGUUUUGCCAUUUUCGAUGUCAAUGAGAAGGUCAUGGUCGAUGUAAUUCAAAGACACAAGACUGAAAAUCCCAUGGCUCAUAUCUUGAAAUGCUCUUCCCCUGCAGAAGUUGCUACCAAUGCCUCAUAUAUCAUUAGCAUGGUCCCAACGUCAGCACACGUUCAAGAGGUAUAUACUGGGAAAAACGGGGUCUUGGACGCACUGAAAACACUUGAUGAUCAAGAGAAAAAACGAACCCUGUGCCUGGACCAGUCUACCAUCGAGCAAAGCGUUAGCAAGUCGAUAGCGUUGAAGAUGCGUGAGGUGGGAGCUGACAUGAUGGACGCUCCUGUUUCAGGGGGCGUGGUUGGAGCAAGAGACGGAACUUUGGCUAUAAUGGUAGGUGGCGACGCGAAGUCUUAUCAAAAAGCCGUUCCAGUUCUUUCGCCAAUGGCACGAAAAGUUACGCAUUGCGGUGAUUUAGGAACUGGUCUUGCUGCCAAAAUUUCCAACAAUUUACUUCUUGGCAUCACAAUGCUUGGUCUAAGUGAAGCAACGCUCCUGGGCACAUCACUUGGGGUUAAGCCACAGGUCCUUGCUGACAUUAUCAACAACUCGACAGGACGUUGUUGGUCAAGUGAGAUAAAUCACCCAGAUCCAUUGGUAAAAGUUGGCUCCACGUCACCGCCAUCCCACCGGCAUUACGAAGGAGGUUUUGUGACUAAGUUAGCCCACAAAGACCUCAACCUGGCCGUCCAGGCGGCUCAUGAUGCACACGUUCCGCUAGAGCUUGGAAAACGUUGUGAAGAGAUUUACAGACCUUUAGCGGGAAGUGAUGAAUGGGGAAAUCGUGACUUCAGCAGCGUUUUCAAGGUGCUGAGUGACCUGAAGUCACGGACUGUGAAGAGUCAUGGUUCCUUGUUAUAACUUUGUGGUCCACGGAUGAUUUCGAUGGUGUGUGAAAUUCGAGUUCCAAAAAGCCCAAUGUCAAGAAACUAGAAGGAGAUACCUCUAUAUAUCUAUUAAAACGUAUCUUUCAAUUUUCUCUCUA